AUGUCCGAAGGAGGCUCCCCUGCUGGCGAGCGCGCCAACGACCCCAUUGACGAUGGCCAGGAGCGGGAAUAUGAAGAUGCUGUUGCGGCGGCCGACUCUGAUCGUGAAUCUGAUGCGCUUUCCGAAGUCGACGAAGACCAGUUCGAAGAUUACGACCCUGAAACCGCCAACAUCGAAGACCGACCCGUCGAUAUCGAUGAAGACGUUGCUCGCACGCUGAAAGCGACCAAGCGAAAGCGCACAGAGGGGGAAGUCGCCAAGAAGCCUCGAGAAGGUCGACGAGACAAGAAGCGCCGAGAUCGAGAUGAAGAUGUUGUCAUGGAUGAUGCCGAUGGAGGCAAGAAGCCACGACGAUCAAGACGCGCAGCCGAUGGCGAGGGACGCCCCAGAGCCAAGGCUGCCACACCGGAAGCUGACAAGGAGGAGCAUCUCACACCCGAGGAGAGGCAGAAGCGGGCCAUUGACCGAGCUCUUGAUGCCGCUAUCAAGAAGCCUAGCGGUCCCAAGCGCAGGAAGAAGGACGAGAUUGACCUCGAAAACGAACUCGACGACCUGUUGGCAGAUCUCAAGGUCCGAAUGGAGCAGGCAUGCCAGGCAGACAAUAGUGCCCGUGAGUCUGGCCAGCCUGCUCUACACAAGCUCAAGCUGCUCCCCGAGGUCACCGGCCUUCUGAACCGCAACGAUGUUCAGCAUGCCGUCCUAGAUCCCGACACAAACUUUUUGCAGCAUGUCAAGUUCUUCCUGGAGCCCCUUAAUGACGGAUCCCUUCCGGCGUACAACAUCCAGCGUGAUAUUUUCUCGGCUCUUGCCAAGCUCAACGUUCAGAAGGAGGCACUCCUCAGCAGCGGCAUUGGCAGAGUGGUCGUCUUUUAUACACGAAGCAAGAAGCCUGAGCCUAGCAUCAAGCGAAUCGCUCAGAGACUGCUUGGUGAAUGGAGUCGACCAAUUCUUAAGCGGACCGACGACUACAAGAAGCGCCAGAUUGAGACUCGCGAGUUUGACUAUGAGGCCGCUAAGCUUGCUCAACGUCAAAAGGCAAACUCGCAGUUCAGCCUCUCCCAGCGCCCUGCGCAGUCUUCCAGGGACGCCGAGCGUGAGCGUUUCCUCGCUCCAUCACGCUCCAACAACUCGGCUCGCAUGGUCAACCUGCCAUCGAGCUACACCAUCGCACCCCAGAGCACGUACACUGGAGCUCGUGACUCGAACCACCGCCCGCUGGGUGCUGGAGGCAUGGAUGCUUUCCGCAAGCUUACCCAGAAGAGCAAGAAGAAGAACAACUAA